AUGUAUCUAGGCAUAACUAAUUUAAUUAAAAUAUGGUACGGUACAGAACUGGUGAGCAGCGACACCAGCUCGGAAUGGUUCCUGAACAAAGUGCGUCGCGCUCACGAAGCGCUGAGCGUGUCGGCGCGGGACAACAACGUGAACACGCUGAGCGCGUCCUUCGGCACCAAGUGGCCCUACAAGCGCACCAUCUCCGCGCCCGCCACCAUGCCGCCGCACCCCGACACCAGGCACGAAGGCUUCCACUCGCUUUCCGGGCGUUCAGAAGAUACGCUCAACACUGUGCUGCCCAAGGCUGUAGACUUGGAAGAAGCAGACAGGGAGACCACCAAUCUUUUGGUGUUUUUACUGAUGCAGUUCUUAUCCAGGUCUGACCAAGCACACCCAACAGAAGAUAAGACAACUUCAAAAACUCAAGAGCUGGUUCUCAAACACCUCUUCCUGCUGUUGGGUUACAACUGCGUGGAGAAAUAUUUUCAUAUAUCACCAUAUACGCUCAGACAAUCGUCAAUAUUCAACGCGUUCAUGGCGAAUCUACCGCAAGUGCUGGAUCAGAAUCACGUGAUGGGUGCCAGUAUCGCUGAACCUACGCUACUACUGCUACAGUGCUGCUGCGGCGCGGGCAGCAGGGCGUGCGGCGCGGGGAGCGUGCACUCGCUCGGCGCGCUCGAGCCGCACGUGCGCCGCCACUGGCUCAUGGCCUUGCUCGUCGUCUUGUACAAGUACCACUACGGAACUGGCAGUAUAUGCGAAAUGGUGCAGUCUCUGGUGCGAGUGGUGCUUAACUCUGUGGAGGCACAGUACCACGUCUGCAAGCGAAUACCACCCAUGAUCGUCAUGCCUCACACCACCCGCAAUAGAGAUCUUAGCCAACCGUCGCUAAAGACGGAGCACGAGCCCGCCCCACAACCAAUCGUUGAGCGGCCUUCGUCCAGUCCCCUCCCUCCGCUGGACCGCGCCAAGGCCAAACUGCACCAGCACAAAUCUCCUGCGCAUAUGCAUACGCAUUGGGAAGAGCCUGGCAAGUCUGCCAAGUAUCAACAGUGGAGUCUAGAACAGGAAUCUUCUGAGAGUGAGCUGAUCGCCAUACCGGAGACCAGUGAUAAAUCUGAUACCACCGUGCAUGGCAGCACCGCACCGGGUUCGUUCGAUGAGCCUUCUCAUUAUGAAGAUCCGCCGAAAGUGGAGACUCCAGCGACAUCUACUCCAUACCCACCACUCAGCAAAAUUGCCCCAGUCGCUUCUCGAUCUGCGCACCAAUUGUCCACAAGUUCAUCUGUAUCUAUUGGCAGUGACUCUUCAAAUCUGAAAUCAACACCAAUGAGUGGCCAAUCGGUAGAGAUCUGGCCAGACCAAUUGCAUGGACCACAGACUUCACCUCGCGCUAAAAUACUUGGGAAACAGAAAAGGAUUGUAGUGGGUAGCAGCACGUCCCCGGACACGGCGCCGUCGUCCAACGGCGAUGGGCACUUCGGCCAGUGGCCGCACGCUCGCUCGCCCCCACUGCAUCAUAUCAAGAGUCCAGCCAAAGCGGGAGUCGGAUAUGCAUACGCAUCCCCUGAAUCACCGCUAUCCAAGAUGGAGGUGGCGUGGAGUGCACCUCCGCCCUUACUUCCCCAGCCGCACCAUCAGCCUUUCAAUAUACCACCUCCGGAAAGGUUGCUACCCAUUGGCCCCAAGCCCAACAAGGAGCCGUACCCGGUAUUCAACGCGCUCGUCGACCGAGUCCGAGAGGCUCUCAGCCUACCUCCAGAUGAUUCAACCGAUAAAACUGAUUCAUCCCGUUCUGAAGCUGAGCCAACUCCCACUCCGGCGCCUUCGAGCAGACCGCACGACUUGAAUAAAUCUAAAGCUGCUUCAGAGGCCACCGGCAGGUCUCCCCGUCGAUUGGCCAGACAAGCAGCACAAUUGGGUUCUCCGCCUCAUCAACAUGACAGUGAGUGUGGUGGAGCGGGAAGUUGCGGCGGCUGGUGGGAGGGGGCGUCCCGCGCUGGACGACGCGCUGCGCACGCGCAACACUCUAAGGGAGAAACUGUGCUGUGCUACCGAUGUGCCGAAUGCGGAACAGCCGUAGAACAGUACAGUGAUGAGGAAUUAGGACUGUGUAUAAUAGUUUUAGCUACGUUUGUACAUCGAGAACCUGCUGCCGCUGCUGGGAUGUUGCCUGCAUUACUGCACAACGUUAGCAGGGUGGUCCAGCUCGGCAAUUACUCGUGGCAGGCGGACACCAACACUCGCCUACCCGGUAGCGCGGUGUUUGUGGCACACCAGUUCCUUCGCUGCGUGUUGCACCAACUCGCACCCAAUAACGUGUUCUUGCAGAUAUUCCUGCAGAGGACGCCAGAAAAACAACGGCAAAUGUUCUUCAAGAGCAUAGCUCAGGCGUUCGUGGACUUCAACGAGUUGUACCCGUGCGGUCCUCUGCAACUGGUCGUCGAACAUCUCAACUCCAAGAAGACGUUACCUAUCGAUCAAAUAACGGUGAUAGCGGGCAACAUCGCGAUGUACCUGGAGUGCCUGGCGCCCGAGGCGCUGGGCCCGCUGUCGGCGUGCCUGGCGCUGGUGCAGCAGCUGGACGCGCUGCUGCGCUCGGCGGCGCUGAUGCUGCAGCAGCUGGACGACGUGCUGCCGCUGCUGCGGGCCGCCACCGCCGCGCUGCGCAGCAUCCUCGAACCGAUCUCCAAGAUCCUCAGCUACGGUAUACAGAACUUCGUCCUCAAGUUGUCGGUGAUCUCCGAGCUGAGCGUGGUGUGUACCCGAGUGUUCUCGCGCGACCGCGACAAGCUGCUGGUGUGCCGGGUGCUGGUGUACGAGUUGGUGCAGGCGCUCAGGACCAAGACCACCAUACCUGACGACAACCUCUUCAUAUUGAUACAGUUUGUGUUACAAGGGCACGGCUGUCGGCUGGCGCUGCCGGCGGCGCUGGCGGGCGGCGCGGCGGGCGGGGGGGGCGACGCGCGGGACGUGGCGGCCGGCGCCGUGGACUGCAUGCGCCCGCACCUGCCCGACAUGAUCGACCUGCUGCAGGACCCGCACCUGCUCAACAAGAUCAAGGGCUCAGUAUCGAAAUCUAUAGUAAACCGGAACUUGAUAUGCUUAAACGAAGACACCCUAGGAGCUAUCGUGAAGGGUGGUAUCGCACAGUACGUGGCUAUGGAAUUGGCUCUAGAACAUUCUAGAGGUCGAACGGACCGCACGCAGUCUGCGAGACACAUGACCCCUUGGCUCAGUCCUUCGUUGCCUGGGUCCCGCGAGGUGUGCGAGUGCGUGGCGCGCGUGCGCCUGAUCUCGUGGCUGGUGCUGGGCGCGCUGUGCAACAGCCGCUCGCAGCCCGCCUCGCACGCGCACGCGCCGCCCGCACAGCCCGUGCCGCAGGACGCCACGUGCCACAUCACCGACUACGUGCAGACCAUAAUGUCGUCGUACGUGGAGCAGACGAAGGCGUGGGGCGCGCGCAUGAACGCGCUGCUGCACGCGUUCGUGCUGUGCCAGCUGUGGACGCUGUACCUCGAGGAGCUGGCGGCCGCCGCGCUGCCCUCCAGCGAGCAGCACUACACCACCGUCUGCAUCCUGCUCGACUUCUGGUGCAAGCUCGUGCCCAGCAUCCUGCAGGUCACCGUCCAGUCCAAAGUGUUGGCCGAGACGGUGAAUCUUCACUUCCUGAGUCUGUUGGAAUCUCUGUUGGAUUGUAACUCGACCGUGCUCAAUAAACUGUUGCCGCUAUGGACACCCAUACUACACUCGCCACUGUUUAGUGAUGUUAUUGAAAUAGAUGAGUUAAGUAGCGAAAUGAUGACCCGUGGCUGUGUCCAGAUGCCGCGGCACGUGUCUGCGCGGCUGGCGCGCGUGCGCUCGCUGAGCGCGGCGGGGGGUGCGGGGGGCGCGGGGGAGGGCGCGGCCUCGCAGCGCCGCCUGCACCGCCUGCUCGCCAAGAUGGCGCAGCUCGAGCUGCAGCCGCACUCCUUCUACUUCAUAUAG